CACCGCGGUCUCUUUGUACUUUUACGCGAUCACGCGGAUACGGGAAAAUAAUAUUUAUAAUAUCCAAGCAUAAUAAUACCUAUCUGUGUAGAAUACAAGUUGACCGGCGAAAGACCCACAUAACGAUCGGUGCUGCCGUGCGCCCGUUGUCCUCUCAUUGGCAGUAGCUUAAAAUAAAACUAACUGUUUCCAUAAAAAAAAAAAUUGCGAAUCCGCUCACGCACGCACCCUACUGCAAUAUUAUAUUAUAUGAUAAAGUUUUUUUUUCGUCGAGAAUUUGGCGUCGUCGUUGGGGUUAAUAAUAAUUAAUAUUAUAUAAUAUGGUGGGCGUAAGCAAAUAAUACUCGGGCAUAUAACUGUACGAGGCCUAACCUAUGUAGUAUACACACAUUUGAGACACAGCACGCGUCAUCAUUAUUACCUACGUGUUGCUGCACGUCGGCACGUUGGCAUUUUGAACAAUCUACAGGGGCACGCGAGGGUGACCCUAUAUUAUACUAUUAUAGUACCUAAUAUUAUUGAACCCCGCGACAAUUAUUAGACUGUGAUCUGCGCAAGUGUUUUUUUCUUCAACCCAAAACACAAUGACGGCGGAGGACACGAACAAAUAUUGUUUCGGUUUCAUCGACAUACGCUGUGGCACAAAAAUCAUAGCUAUAUUGAACAUGGUUGUUUUGUUCUUAGCCAUCGUAUUGAAUAUAAUAUAUUUGGCAAUGGUACUCGGAAUAAAGGCUCGUUUAUUACCUUCGAAUAAUGAAACCGAAGAAACCUCAACCAAUAGAAUAAACACUAUACAUGGUUUAUGUGCUUCGUCAUUUAUGGAAAUUAUUCUUCUUUACUUUAACCUUCGUCUGAAGAAAUCAAUACACGAACAAAAUGUUCAAAACAUCAAGCAUUGGUUAGUGAUGUAUUUAAUGGUUUUAAUACAUAUAUUCAUUUACUACAUUAGUGCGGCCUUUGUAUCUGAUCAACCAUUGUUUUUCUUGGGAAUUGGACUUAUCUCUAGUCUGAUCGUUUUAUUAAUGAUGUACGUUGUGAAACGUUUUUAUCACGAUGAACUCGAAAACUUGGCCCCCAGCAAUACUACAGACGACAAUAAUGUGACUCCGUCACAGCCCACAUAAAUAUGCAGAUCGACAAUGGAACCGAAAACUGGAUUCCAGAUGCAGUUUGACGCUGUACAUGCUCUGCUAGACACGCACAAAAUCUAAUAAUAUUGCUUGUUAUUGCAAAUGUCGAUAUUUUUAGCCAAUAAUAAACCAUAGUUUAUUUAUCAUA